GAGGAGCUGAGCGGCAGACUCUACCAUGCCAGUGCAGGGAGAAAGGCUGACGCGCUGUCUCUCUCUCUGUUUCUGGAGCCAGAGUCCUCUGCUGUUGCUUGGACUGUUCUCUCUGCAAUCACAAGCAUACGGCAAUAUAUUGGACAGUAUGCUGCUAAGAGCAUCUAGUAAGGAGGCAGUGGAGAGUGGGAAGGAGACAAGAGGCAGUGCAUCUCCUGCUUCAUCCUCGCAAAGACUACUGUGGUGUCACUGCUAUCACCACUGCCCAGAUGAUUCAACCAAUAAUACAUGCAGGACGGAUGGCUACUGUUUUACCAUGGUGGAGGAAGAGGGAGGGGUACCAGUCCAGACUGCAGGUUGCCUGGGGCAGGUUGGAUCAGAAUUUCAGUGCAGGGACACAUGGAGCUCACGUCAAAGGAGAUCACUAGAAUGCUGUACAGACCAAGAUUACUGUAACAAAAACCUGCAUCCUACAUUGCCACCACUCAAGCCACCUCUCUAUGUAGAUGGAAAGAUCCACCACAUGGCCUUGUUGAUCUCAGUCACAGUGUGCAGCAUUAUACUGACUGUUAUUAUUGUCCUCUGCUACUUCAGAUACAAGCGCCAAGUGUCUCGUCCUCGAUACAGUAUUGGCCUGGAGCAGGAUGAGACUUACAUUCCCCCUGGAGAAUCUCUGAAGGACUUGAUAGAGCAGUCGCAAAGCUCUGGCUCAGGCUCAGGGCUCCCUCUAUUGGUGCAAAGAACGAUAGCCAAGCAGAUUCAGAUGGUGAAGCAGAUAGGCAAGGGGAGGUAUGGAGAGGUGUGGAUGGGCAGAUGGAGGGGAGAAAAGGUGGCUGUGAAAGUUUUCUUCACCACUGAGGAGGCCAGUUGGUUCAGAGAGACUGAGAUCUACCAGACCGUCCUGAUGAGACAUGAGAACAUACUGGGUUUUAUAGCUGCAGAUAUUAAAGGAACUGGCUCUUGGACCCAACUCUACCUAAUCACUGACUACCAUGAAAAUGGCUCUCUGUAUGACUACCUCAAAUCAACCACUCUAGACAAUAAAGCCAUGCUGCGACUGGCUUACUCAUCUGUAUCAGGCCUUUGUCACCUCCACACCGAGAUCUUUGGCACACAGGGCAAACCUGCUAUUGCUCACAGGGAUCUGAAGAGUAAAAACAUACUGGUGAAACGAAAUGGGACCUGCUGUAUAGCUGACCUAGGGCUGGCGGUCAAGUUCAUCAGUGACACCAAUGAGGUAGACAUCCCUCCCAAUACCAGAGUGGGUACAAAGCGCUACAUGCCUCCAGAGGUUCUGGAUGAGACACUGAACAGAAGUCAUUUUCAGUCAUACAUAAUGGCAGACAUGUACAGUUUUGGCCUCAUCCUCUGGGAGAUUGCUCGGCGUUGUGUGUCAGGAGGUAUCCUUGAAGAGUACCAGUUGCCAUACCAUGACUUGGUCCCUACAGACCCUUCAUAUGAAGACAUGAGAGAGGUGGUCUGCAUCAAGAGACUACGGCCAUCCUUCCCCAAUCGAUGGACCAGCGAUGAGUGUUUGAGACAGAUGGGAAAGCUGAUGACAGAGUGUUGGGCUCACAACCCGGCCUCCCGCCUCACAGCUCUGCGGGUCAAAAAGACACUUGCCAAGAUGUCAGAAUCACAGGAUAUCAAGCUGUGAACAGGCACUGCCAGGUGUGUGUUACACACAUAGAAAGGGCACUAACAAUCAAGCUUGCUCUGGUCCAGGCUGACCAAUACCUUUUUUCCUGGGGAAAGGAGGUGGGACAGGAAGCAAGAAGAUCAAGUGGGCGUUGCAGGAUCACAAAGUCCAGAAUCCCACAACUCCCCAUUGGAAAAUUUAUGACAGGACUAAGGUGUUUGACUAAAUUGAUAAUAAUUAAAAGAACAAUCAGGCCGUGUGAGGCCCUGUUCUGUAUAUCAGAGAAGAUGAGACAAUUUAAUUUCAAGCUAGUGAGAGGACUCUAAAAACAGAUAUAGGCUCCUGUCCACAUGCUCCAAGGGCCAUGGAGAAAGAGAUUGAGUUUGACUUGGCACGGUAGCUGCAGAGUCACACAAACAAGCUACUGAUCAGUGAGUGGAAAACUAUAUCGCUGCUUUCUGUGAAAGCUAACCUACCUGUAGAUAUAGAUCUGAUUGAUAGUAUAGAAAGGAUGUGCUUAAAGGCAAUCUGUAAUUGCACUUUGACACCUCCUUUCAAAAACACUGUCACCCCACCACUAUCUUUGUUUUAAUUGGACUGAACACAUUGUUGUCACUCAUAAAUUGAUUGCUUUUGGUUACAAAGACUGACACUAUGUGACAGGAAAAAAAGUGUAUUUUGAUGCUUUAAAAGUUCUGUUUAUGCUGGUAAAGUUUUUAGACACUGAAGAGAAGAUAUACCUGUAUUUUUGAGUUGUGAUUGGUAAUGAAAAUUGUAAAAUCAUAUUUUCCAUGUAAAACUCAAACUCUUUAAGACUAUAUGUGAAAAAUAAAGUUUAUGUCCAAAUCAUUUUGGAUUGAGGCUCAAAAGGCCUCUUUGUUUCCUUGCGUCCCAUUAGAACUUGUAUUAAAGAUCAAACCGUUACAAUAAGGGAGUGCUCUAAGCACAACGGUGCCAUCCGUAGGCUUUCCACAGCAAUUACAGGAAGGGAACUCUGCCAAGGCAAUCAGAAACUGUUGUACACUAACCGUAGUGUUGACGUCUUUCUUGAUGAUGUAGUGAUCUAUUAUAACUGUGUGGAGUUGUGCCUGUGUUAGUUUAGGAGUACCAAAAGUCAUUUGUCAUGGGGGACUUCUAUCAAAAAAACAAAAUACCCUCAGUACUUUUGUGUCAUCAGUCACUGUGUAUGUGUGUUUUAUGCAGCUGUUGGUAGUUGCUGCACCCAAACUGGACCAGAAGGCUUCACUUUGAAACUGUCAAACAAUAUUUUGAAAAACUGACUGCACCUGGCAAACACCCCCAGCUAUCCCCAAUUGAUCACACCACCAGAAUACUGUGGACAUCACAUAAGGUUGCCUCACCUAAACUACUUACAGAAUUGAUUCACCAUAAUAAACAGUUUGCAGCUGUCAUAAAGAAAUCAUCUGGCUUCUGUCAGGGAACUUUUCCCAGUAAUUUAAACUAUCACAUAGUGGAAGUCAAGCAUUAAGAAGCUUAAACAGCCUUACUGCCUCAGCAUGAUGUGGCUCUCCAGGUAAAUCUGGACACCUAAAAUCACCACAGUCAGCAGGCCAUUAGUUCUUCCACUGGUCUGCCAUCACAGCAGUGCCAGUUGAGAUUUCCCUCAAUUAGAACUAAUCAAUUAAUUUCCAGCUUGUGUAAUCCACUUGUAACACUCUUGAUAAACGUUCCUAUAAAGGUCAGUGAGUUUCUUUUUUGGUCUGUGCCAACUGAAAUAAAGGGUUGCACUGUCAGCAUCGGAGGUUUGGGUGUGUCAGAUUUGUUGUGUUAUAAAUGCCCUUUCUUUCCUAUUGGUUGAUGUGCAUUAUUUAAUCUGUACCUACUGUAGUUGUCUGUGAGAGAAAGCAGUGUUUUUAUUCAUUCAGUAAAAGGUUGAAAGUUCCCCCAAUAAAGUGUUUCACUCAUCCAUAUGGCUGAUGCACAGUUUGUGGUGGCUGAACAAGGUGCAUACUAAUGAGUCACUUGGCAGUGCCUCUUACUGUUAAGGCAUGUUC